AUGGGGGACAUAAGGGCAGAGUGUCUCUCUCGUGCUAUAGCAGCAAGAAGAGAAGAAUGGGGGGGCUGCGGGGGACAAUUAACGGAGGGAUUAAAGUCUUUAAUAGUUAGUCGUUGUUGCUUAACAUGGUUAAAGACAAUAGAGGCAUUAUUACCUUUAUCUUGCUGCAGCAACAGUUGGAGACAGUCCCUUGAUGAAGCAAUAGCAGCAGGAGAUGUACCUGUUGUUAUCUCCUUUUCGUGUGUUGCGCUGCUCUCGCGUCAAACGCAUGCAGUUCAGGUGUCUCUCCUCUCUCGUCUUGCUCGCUGCUCAACUGUCUCUCUUUUCUUAGACUUCUCCCUCUCUUCAGGGGGUCCCCCCUCCCUCCUUCAAGGGGGCCCCCUCCUUCAGGGGGCCCCCCUCCUUCAAGGGCAUGCAGGGCAGCUAGUUAAGUAUCUGCUGCAGCAAAUGCCAUUUGCCAUCGAGCUGUCUAUUGAUCUACAAGCAUGGGAGACACCCUCGGGGGCCCUUGCUGCUGAGGUCUUAAGACUUAUAUGUAGGAGUACCAGUACCCUUACAACCCUCCAGCUAAGGGGAGCCCUACUUCAUCAGCGCAUGCAUGCACUCUUAGCCUCUGGUUGUUCUCUUUACCCUGUCCCUAGAAGGAGACACCUGUCUCCUAGUAUAGAGGCACAAUGCGGCAGCAGCAAACCACCUAGUAGUACUACUAGCUGCAGCGGAGACAGCAGCAAUGUCCCUAGUAGUAAUAGUCCCCCUGCCUGUCUCCCUUUAUCUAUACACACAACCCCACAACUGCAUGCUGGACAGGAUAAUGGAAACGAUCCCCCACACGGAGACGAUCCCACACCCCCUACACCCCACACACCCAAUAUAGAUAUCUCCUCCCCUUCUUCACAACGAACACCCCCUACAUCGGAUCCUCUCUCUGGCUCUCCAACACCACCCUCCCCACCACCAUCAGAAGUAUCAGAAACAACAGAAGCAGCAGACUCAACAGAACCAACAACAGCAACAGCAGCAGCAACAGUAGCAGCAACAGCAGCAGCAACAGCAGCAAUAGCAGCAGCAGAAGCAACAGCAGCAGCAACAGCGGCCGAAGCAGGUGGUGCGGAGGAGGUGCUGCCGUCUUGCGGCAGUAUCUGGGGUAAGGAGGAGAUGGAGGAUUGGUUGGAAUCGUCUCCGGAAGAUACACCUCCCCAGGUGUCUCCUCAUGAAUAUAUGAGAGAAAGGAGACAGGGAUUCUAUUUACCUAAUCUUAUUCGUUUAUCUCUUGAGGGUUUACAGCUGCUACAGUACCUAGGGGCCCCCCACCUAGAGGAAACAGCAAUAACCCUUACAUCGGAGGCCCUAUCUCUUGAGUCCCUUACAACCAUGUAUUAUGAUCUAGCGUCCCUUCCUCCUUCUUUAAGGGCAGGGCCCCCCCUACAGGUACCCUCUUAUAGAUUAGGGGGCCCCCCUACCUCCUUUAUACACCCCUGUCUCCCCUUAAGGUUCUUAAAGACCUAUGGUAAACACCUCCAUACCCUUAAGGUAGUGGGCCUCAUGGGGCCCCUUGCUAAGAGCGAGCUUGCCCAUUGGGCCUCAAGGGCCCUAGAAACCCUUCGCAGACAACAACAGCAGCAGCAGCAGCAAGAGCAGCACCAAGGGCAGGAGCAAGAGCAGGAGCAGCAGCAAGAGCAACAAACGGGCUUGGAGGUGGGCUCAGGCAUAAAAGGAGACACUGACGACUCAAUGUGCGGGGCGCGUGGAGAUAGCAGAGACAAAUCUUGCUGCGAGUGCUGCUUGCUGCAGCAGGAGACAGCAGCAAAUAAAGGAUGGCUGUGCUGCUGCAGCUUAGGGGAGCUACAGGAGCUGCUAGUAGAGGAGACAAGCUUCCUUGUCUUUGUGUCUCCUCCUAAGCUGCUGCAGCUAGAGGUAACAGUUUGCUGCAGCAGCGACUGGAUGCUGCUGCUAGAGUUCCUGCGUCUCUAUGGGGGGUUGCUGCAGCAGCUAACAGUGUGGGGUGACGAAGUGUGUCCUCCCUCGUUGGGUCCCCUUUCGCCUUCCUUCAGCAGCAGCAGCAACAUCAGCAGCAGCUGCAUCAGCAGGGUAUGGGGGAGAUGUCUCAGCAGCAUGAGUGUCCCCGAAGAGACGCAGCAAUUAAUUUCUUUUCUUAAGGCUAAGUCUGCAGCAGAGAGGGGAGGAAACACAGGAAAAUGUUUAUCCACUGCAGCAGGAGACAGCAGCAAGAGAGUGUCUGCUGUCUCCCCCUCAAGACCUAUCCGCCUGCAGGAAUUAAAGAGUCUCCAAUGCCCCUCCUGUCUCCUUCCUGAGCUUUGCUGCAGCAUUGGCACCAGCAGCUGCAACACCAGCAUCGAUUUCCUGCCGAGUCUCCGUCAUCUAGAUACCUGGGGAGACGCCCGAAGAAUUGUCUCCUUUCUGCAGCCAAAGAGACACUUAGAGACAGUUGUCGUUAGGUCUAUCACUAACGCAGCAGAGGCCCUUAAGCAAUGCGAAAGGGAUAUAGUAUCCUUAACAGCAAGCAGCGGCAGCAGCAACAGCAGCAGAAGCGGCAGCAGUAUCGGCCUCAUGAGCAGCAGCAGCAGCGGAGGUAGGAUACCUAUAAGCAGCAGCAGCAGCAGGCUACCUGUCAGCAGCAGCAGCAGCGGCAAGCUAUCUACAAGCAGCAGCAGCAGCAAGCUACCUAUCAGCAGCAGCACCUCCUGCCUUAACAGACUGCCGCAACAGCCCUUUUAUCCAUGCAGCAGCCCCACAGCAGCAGCAGCAGAAAAUAAUUUGAUUUCUUAUGAAGGGCCCGGGUCUAUACUCAACUCUUGGAGUAUACCUCCAGCAGCAGCAGCAGCAACAGCAGCAGUACCAGUAGCAGCUGCCGUUGCUGCUGCUGGUGCAACGGCAGCAGCACCAGCAGUGGCGGCAACAACACCAGGAGUAGUACCAGCAGAAGCAGCUGCUGUUGUUGCUGCAGCAGCAGCAGCAACAACAGUGUUAAAGGCCUCAACAGAUGCCACAGCAGUACCACCUGUCUCGUCUUAUACACAGUCUCCUUCGGGGGCAGUGCAGGAACAAAAGAGUCCUAAAGGGGGGCCCCUGCAGGGCAUCGAGGACGGCCCCCGUCGGGGGCCCCCAAAGAAAUCCUCCACGGGCCCCCUGGGAGGUUCAUCUAGGACACCCCCGAGGAGAUUUUCUGGGGAGGCCCCGAUUGGGUACCCGUUGGAGGGGCCCCAAGGGUCUGAAAUCUCUAUUGUUGUAGGGCCCCAGGGAUCUGGUGACUCUCUUAUUGUGGGUCCCCAAGGGUCUAAUGACUCACUUCUUGAGGGGCCCCCUCAACCCGAGGGCAGCAGAUCUGCUGCUGGUGGCAGUGAGGGUUUAGGAGAUGAGCUGGGUCUAGGAGAUGAGGAGGGUUCAGGUGAUGGUUUUAAGGGUUUAGAGGAGCUGGAUUAG